CUACCGCUGCGUCUGGCACUCGGACCUCAACAUCGCCGGACCCAAGGAUUGCAAACGCCGACUUGAUGCCUGCGAAUUUGCACCACCCUCCUCCACCACCACCACCGAAGGAGACUCCACCACUGAGUCGACUACCACCACCACUCCGCUACCACCACCACUGAGUCGACUACCACCACCACUCCGACUACCACCACCACUCCGACGACCACCACUACUGAGCCGACUACCACCACCACCACUGAGCCGACUACCACCACCACUACUGAGCCGACUACCACCACCACUACUGAACCGACUACCACCACCACCACCACCACCGAGCCGACUACCUCCACCACUACUGAGCCAACCACCACCACUACUGAGCCGACUACGACCACCACUGAGCCGACCACCACGACUACUGAGGCCACUACGACCACCACGACCGAACCGACUACAACCACCACUACUGAGCCGACCACCACCACGACCACCGACAUCACCACCGCGACCACGGAAAGCACCAAGGCUCCAACUCCGACUCCGACGCCAGCUCCGACUCCGACUCCCACGCCAACUCCGACUCCCACGCCUACUCCGACACCAGCACCGGGCACCACGACGACAGCGCCGUCGAAGAAGAAGGGGACCAUC